CUUGACAACAGCUUAUUGGUUAUUGUUGUGUAUGUUAUUUAUUAAUUUAUUUAAUUUUUACGUGAAUUAUUAAUAACUUGUCCUUUUUCUUAUAAAACAUGGAUUCCACAACCAAUACUGAGAACUUCAACAUAGAUAUAAAGACGUCCCAAGAGAACAUCCUGCUGGAAAUCAUUAAAGAAGUCUGCAGUGACCCCAAUAGCAAGAUUUCAUCAAAACUAAUUGGCAAAGUUAAUAGGAUUAUUGCGGACUGUGAUUUAUCUCAUUAUUCUAGUUUACACAAGCUAAGUACAGUCGAUGAAAGCACAUCUACUUUACUGGGUCUCAUGAACCAAACAACGAGGGAGCUGAGCUAUGACGAGCAAUCGGAGCUGAUGCAGGCAAUAUCAGCCAAGAUCCAGGCCAAGCUUCCGGCAUACAUAGCUCAGCUGGAACAGCUUAAGCGUACCAGUCUGUCCAGCAAAGAUGCCCGCAAACAGAAAAUCCAGGAGCUUCAGGAGAGCUUGGAUGAAAAGCUUAACACUUUGCAAGAACAGGAAUCGGAGAAAGUAGGGCUGAUGAUGGAGUGGCUUAAUCACCGGCUGCAAGAUGCCACCAAAUUCAGCGAGUCCUCCACAGAGCUCCUCACCCUCAAGACCAGAAGUUUGGAGCUCAAGUCCAAAAUACUGCACCUUCAGAUCCUGCAGAACAUCUUCACGGAGACCAGUCAGUCGAUCAAAGCGUACAGCGAACUGCACAAGGACUUGAAAGACAACGUCAAAGACGCGGAGAACAGGAUCAAGAAGUUUAGAGAGAUCAUUGACAGUGAUUUCAAAAUGGGUGCUAAUAAAUAGUUAGUAUUAA